AGAAUCAGUAUAUUUUUGGACGCCAUACGAACGGGAGGCAUCUGUUGUCUUAAUUUUAGUGGCGAAUGCACAGAUUUUUUUUCUCGACCAGGCAGAAAACAUUUUGCAUACGUUAUGUCACAUUGUAACGGGCGGUAAAAAUGUCGGUUAACUUUCUCUUAGAGUUUGAAGAAAUGUGAACCUAUUCGUCAGUAUGUCAAAAUAUGUGACGUAAUUUUGACUUGUUGAAAUAAUAGCGACAUUUCGAAGGUUUCGGGAAUAAGCAAAAACUUUCUAGCUUAUAAAAAGAUCUAUCUAUUCAUAUAUAUACACACAUACAUAUGUACAUUCGCAUGUGUCGAUUGAAUUGAGAAGUGCCCGAACAUUUUGUUUACAAACAAAAUAAUUUAACUAUAUACAUACUUUACGAGUUCGGAUUGAGGAAAAGAAAACAUUGUUUUAAAAAGAAAGAAAUGGCUAAAAAGUGUCCGGUUCGAUCGCUCAGCGACAGUGCUCUGGGAGAGUUGGCAAAUCUCAUUGUCUCGACACUGGGCUAUGCGAAAUAUGGUCCCGAUGUCGACAUGGAUAUUAACAUUGUAAUGGUAGAUAUUAAUGAAUACCUGGAGCUGGCUGGGGCUACGUCCAAUAUAUACCAGGACUUGCUGCGUGUAAUCCUCAGUUCCAAUUACUUGGAUGCUAAUAUGCGGUUCACAUGCCUACAAAUGCUGCUCAAUUGCGGAGUUUCGUUUUUAGUAACGGAAGUUUUUCCGCUGUCGUACUACGAAAAGAUAUUACAAGUUAUAGCGGCCCAAGGCACGGGAUUGCGGGUGCUAAACCUAAAGGGGGUGUGGGUCAAGGAGGAACACAUGUUCUAUAUGUUUGACAUAGUAAAGAAGUGUAAAUAUCUCACCAAACUAUAUGUGCCCUUUAUAGCGAACGACGAUUUGCUAGAGGUGAUUUCCAAGCACUGCAGCCACUUACAAGUUUUGGAUAUAUCGGGCGAGACCGAUAUUACCGAAAUAGGAAUAGAAAGCUUGAGUAAGGGCGUAUGUGCAGAUCGUCUGACCAUAAUCGACGUUGGUAUGAUGGGUGAGGAAAAUAUUUGUUAUUCAGAUAUUGCGCUUAUUUUGGAGCAUUGCCCGAAUGUGGAGACGCUUUCGACGUAUUCGUUUGUUGGGCCGUCAUUGAAGUUUGUCCACGACAACGUCGACGAGAACUUCCAGUGCAAAUUAAAAUACCUUCAUGACACUUCCACAGAUGAGGAAACGUUGCGCGUUAUUGUCAAGACAUGUCCACAAUUGCAGUCAUUGUAUCUGGAUACGCCGAAAUCGGGUUGUCUAAUUGCCCUCUCUAAUACAUUCUUGCGUAAGCUCAAAAUCUAUAAAUUCUCAUGCUCAGAAUUAAUGGAGCUAUUGGAAACUACUGGCCGAUAUUUGGACCACCUUACAAUGAUCAAGGGUAAUGGCGAAAUCGAAUUGGGAGUUUUGGCUAAAAUGUGUCCAGGUCUGAUUGACUUGGAUUGCUACAUGAUGGAAGGUCUCUCCUACUUUAGUCCAAAACAGCAUCGUUUUAGUCGCCUAGAGGGAUUGGAAAUGCUAAGUAGUCCGAUCGCCAAUACGGCCCUUAAAUCUCUGAUUUGCAAUACGACCCAACUAAAAAGACUGGCAGUAGACAGCGUCUCGUUGACCGAUGAAGACGUUGUAAGCAUAUUUAUACAGCAUCAUUUCUAUGCACUUGAGGAUGUCUGGUUUACUCUGGCACCGAACUUAACAAUCCAAUCAAUACAGGUGUUAAUGAACGAGUGCCCCGAACUGCAAUCUGUGGGACAACUGAGCGGAUGGGCUCUAUCUCCCGAUGACUUGGCACUUCUUCGAGGACUUUUAAAAAGCGGAAACUCCAGCCUCGUACUAACGCCGAAUGGAUUUUUCCCAUAAAAUGUACCUUUUCAAAAUAAAAAUUGUGAUUUUGUUUAUGUUUGCAAAAAUAAAAUAAAUUAUAAAAUAA